GUACUGUGUGCAAAAAACUUGGUGAAAAAGGAUUUUUUCCGACUUCCUGAUCCAUUUGCUAAGGUUGUGGUGGACGGAUCUGGCCAAUGCCAUUCUACAGAUACUGUGAAGAAUACACUUGAUCCAAAAUGGAAUCAGCAUUAUGACCUAUAUAUCGGGAAGUCAGAUUCAAUAACAAUCAGUGUGUGGAAUCACAAGAAAAUUCAUAAAAAGCAGGGAGCUGGUUUUCUGGGUUGUGUGAGACUUCUUUCAAACGCAAUCAACCGCCUUAAAGACACUGGUUAUCAGAGAUUGGAUCUGUGCAAGCUUGGGCCAAACGACAAUGAUACUGUUAGAGGACAGAUAGUCGUAAGUCUUCAGUCCAGAGACCGAAUAGGCACAGGAGGACAAGUGGUGGAUUGCAGUCGGUUAUUUGAUAAUGAUUUACCAGACGGGUGGGAGGAGCGGAGGACUGCUUCUGGAAGGAUCCAGUAUUUAAAUCAUAUUACACGAACAACUCAGUGGGAGCGACCAACACGGCCAGCAUCUGAAUACUCCAGUCCAGGCAGACCGCUGAGCUGUUUUGUGGACGAGAACACUCCAAUUACAGGAACGAACGGUGCGACCUGCGGGCAGUCGUCGGAUCCCCGGCUGGCGGAGAGGAGAGUCAGGUCGCAGAGGCACAGAAAUUACAUGAGCAGGACACACUUGCACACUCCUCCCGAUUUACCUGAAGGAUAUGAGCAAAGGACGACUCAGCAAGGUCAGGUCUAUUUUCUGCAUACUCAGACUGGUGUUAGCACGUGGCACGAUCCAAGAGUACCUAGGGAUCUUAGCAACAUCAAUUGUGAAGAGCUUGGUCCACUGCCUCCUGGAUGGGAGAUCCGAAAUACAGCAACAGGCAGAGUUUAUUUUGUUGACCAUAACAACAGGACAACACAGUUUACAGAUCCACGGCUAUCUGCUAACUUGCAUUUAGUCUUAAACCGCCAGAAUCAACUCAAAGAUCAGCAACACCAGCAGCAGCAGCAGGUAGUGUCCCUGUGUCAGCUUCCAGAUGAGGCAGAGUGUCUGACUGUGCCAAGGUACAAGCGAGACCUAGUGCAGAAACUCAAGAUCCUGAGGCAAGAGCUGUCACAGCAGCAACCUCAAGCUGGCCAUUGUCGUAUUGAGGUCUCCAGGGAAGAGAUUUUUGAGGAAUCCUACAGGCAAGUCAUGAAGAUGAGGCCAAAAGACCUGUGGAAACGAUUAAUGAUAAAAUUUCGUGGGGAGGAAGGCCUCGAUUACGGAGGAGUUGCCAGGGAGUGGCUCUACCUGUUGUCACAUGAAAUGUUGAAUCCAUAUUACGGUCUCUUCCAAUAUUCCCGAGAUGAUAUCUAUACACUGCAAAUCAACCCAGACUCUGCAGUCAACCCGGAACACUUAUCAUAUUUCCAUUUUGUUGGACGGAUAAUGGGGAUGGCUGUGUUUCACGGACACUAUAUUGAUGGGGGCUUCACGUUGCCUUUCUAUAAGCAGUUGCUAGGGAAGCCAAUUACUUUGGAUGAUAUGGAAUUGGUUGACCCUGAUCUUCAUAACAGCUUAGUCUGGAUACUUGAGAACGAUAUCACAGGAGUCUUGGACCAUACGUUUUGUGUAGAACACAAUGCAUACGGGGAAAUUAUUCAACACGAACUGAAACCCAACGGCAAAAGCAUCCCCGUGACAGAGGAAAACAAAAAGGAGUAUGUCAGACUUUAUGUAAACUGGCGAUUUUUACGAGGAAUUGAAGCUCAGUUUCUGGCUCUACAGAAGGGAUUUAAUGAAGUAAUCCCACAACAUCUGCUGAAGACAUUUGAUGAGAAAGAGUUAGAGCUCAUCAUUUGUGGACUGGGAAAAAUUGAUGUUAAUGACUGGAAGGCAAAUACUAGGUUAAAACACUGUACACCAGACAGCAACAUCGUGAAAUGGUUCUGGAAAGCUGUGGAGUUUUUUGACGAAGAGAGGAGAGCGAGACUUCUCCAGUUUGUGACUGGCUCAUCCAGAGUGCCUCUGCAGGGCUUCAAGGCAUUACAAGGUGCUGCAGGCCCACGACUAUUUACAAUACACCAGAUUGAUGCCAGCACUAAUAAUUUGCCGAAAGCUCAUACCUGCUUUAACCGAAUAGACAUUCCUCCUUACGAAAGCUAUGACAAGCUAUACGAGAAGCUGCUAACUGCCAUUGAAGAAACAUGUGGGUUUGCUGUGGAAUGACCCUUCACAGGCUUACCUGAGACUCUAUUUAUACUCCUGUCAGACAGAAAGCCCUUCCCUCAGCCAAGACUCAAGAAAUGCUUGAAAUACAGGAAACUUUCCCUUUUCUACACUAGGACACUGGGAGGGAAAGGACAACUUUGGAAUUUUUUUUUUAAUUUUAUUUUAUUUCAAGAAAAUAGGUUCUGUGGUUCCUGCCAUAGGAUCAUUCAGCUGCUAUUAAAAACUAAUAUCUUGAACAUACAGAAUGCUGACUUUUCCUACAUUUCAACAGUUAAGCAGUGUUCUAUACUUAAAGACUACUACUAUUUUUGUAAAAGGUAAUCUAUUAUAUUUGCCUACCUGAUUUCUAUUCUCAGAUACCAAGACACAACUUCAGCAGUCGGUACAAGUCACGUUUCAGCCUGUUUUAAAUGUAUGAUACUGAACAGUAUCUAUACCUGCUAUUUUUGGAAAAAAUAUUUUGGAUUAUUCUAACUUCGCAUAAAAUUGGCUGAAAGAAUCAUUAAUCUUUUUAAUUAAAGCCACUUACAUGUUAACUGCAUUUUCUUAUAGUAAAACAUUAUAUUCUGCAAUGUAAAUUCAACUUAAAUGUUACCACAGGGGGCUUUUUUAUAUUUUUCAAGCAUGAAUUGCAAAUACGAUGUUUUGGGGUCCUAUUUAUAUCACUUGUCAGAUUCCUUAAACAAAAUUUCUAGUGUGAGUGACACAUGCUGUAUUUGGUACAGUACUUGUGUUAACAUGUGGAAUAGACCUUUUUUAAUGAACAGUAGAAGUUUUGAUUUUUUUAAAACAGCAUUUUUCUAACAAGUCUGUCAAGAGUACUUUUUGUUGCUUUUGACUUUAAAUUUAAACACUGCAUUUUUCAACUUUUUUAAGCGUGCUGAUGAGGUGAUAUUUGACAGCAGAAGCCUGUCAGCAGUUCGUUUCAGAACCCAUCCUGUCCAGUCAACCAAAGCUUGUUUGAAUGCAGCCAAAUCACAUUAUGUAUUUGUUGAUGCUAAAGAUUUAUCAGGUAAAACACGUUGUAAUCUUUGUCUAGCUGCUCAUGACAUGUGGGUUUAAGUUACAACUAAGGAAAAAUGGUGUAUUAACUGAAAUAUGUGUAAUGUGCUUUGAAAAUGAGGUUUUAGAAGCACAUAAUUUAUUGAUUGUAGGGAUGGAAGUAAGGUAUAUAUAUGAAUUAUAACAUGGGUUGAUCUCUUCAAAGGGGAAUAAAAUGCACUACCAGUAGAGGGAACUGAACUUUGAAGUUAGUUUGGGAAUUCUCAGCUAAGAUCCGUAUGAUCUGCUCAUGGUGUGUAGCUAAAUCAGUCUGCUUAAGAGAUGGUGGCAUUCUCCUCUCAGCGAUGAGAAUAUUUGGAAUAAGUAGCGUUUUUUUUCCAAUCAGUGUUGUGGUUUUUUAACUUACAUUACAGUUAAUCAUCAAAUCUGCACUAUUUUUACACUGCCAAUGAGAAGAAAGUCAAGAGUAUUGAAAAUGCUAAAAGAAUGGGAUGUAAACAGCUGUUCCUUUUUUGCUGUGUAAGUCACCCAGCGAACUAGCUAACUUUGUCUGUUCUAUGGAGCUUGAACUUAAUUUUGUCCUGCCAAAUCUGACUGCCACAGUGAGUAAACUACUACUGGAUGCUGUGUAUUAGAAUAGUGGGCAAUGGACUACUUUUGUAGAAUUUGUGGUAAGAAUCCGGUGAGCCAAAUCCACAUGUUCGUUUGAUUAAUUUUUUUUUUUACAGCUGUUGCUGGAAGGUUUGUUCUAAGAGACUUGCUUCCCAUUCUGGGCUGGCUGCAGAGAUGAGGCUACUUAGGGAUGUAAACAAAGCCAAGAAACUUGCUUUGACAGCCAGGUUUGAAAUAUAUCAGACCCUUUUUUCCUUCGUUUCAAGGGACUAUUGCACUCAUGUAAAAUGGCUGGUACCUUUGCAUCUCCAGUUGGGACCCCUAAUUCACAGCUUUCGGGUAAUACUGUUACCGGGGAAGCUACCGCUACAUCUGUCCAGGUUGCCUGGGGGAGCAAAGGAGGCUGUUGCCCGGUGUGUUUCUUACUCAGUACUGCUGCCUGUGGUUGGGGACCACUGCUUUAGACACUCCCAAAGGCCUCUUCUCACCCCUUCAAGUUUUGAGGUAUGAUGUGAAUUACUAUUUACAGAGACUUUACAGAGGCAGGUUC